AUGGCCACCUCCACCAUGUCUGUCUGCUCUGACGCUCGCACCAACUCCUCCUGGCAGGUGGACGACUGCCCAGAGAGCUGCUGUGAGCCCUGCGGCUGUGCCCCCAGCUGCUGCCAGCCCAGCUGCUGUGUUCCUUGCUGUGCCCCCAGCUGCUGUGCCCCAACCCCUUGCCUGACUCUCAUCUGCACCCCAGUGAGCUGUGUGUCCAGCCCCUGCUGCCAAUCUUCCUGCUGCACACCCUCAUGCUGCCAGCAGUCUAGCUGCCAGCCAGCUUGCUGCACUUCUUCCCCCUGCCAGUCAUCCUGCUGUGUGCCCGUCUGCUGCACACCUGUCUGCUGCACACCUGUCUGCUGCAAGCCAGUGUGCUGUGUCUCCAUCUGCUCUGGCUGCCAGCCAGCUUGCUGCACCUCCUCCCCCUGCCAACCGGCCUGCUGUGUGCCCGUCUGUUGCAAGCCUGUCUGCUGUGCCCCCAGCUGCUCUUCUUCCUGCUGCACACCCUCAUGCUGCCAGCAGUCUAGCUGCCAGCCAGCUUGCUGCACCUGCUCCCCCUGCCAGCAGCCCUGCAGUGUGACCCUUUGCUGCAAGCCUGUCUGCUGUGUGCCUGUCUGGUGUGGUGCUUCCUCCUCAUGCUGCCAGCAGUCUAGCUGUGAGCCCUCUUGCUGCACCUCCUCGUGCUGCAAGCCCUGCUCCAGCCUGUCCCUGCUGUGCCGCCCUGUGUGCAGACCUGCCUGCUGUGUGCCCACCUCCUCCUGCUGUGCCUCCUCCUGCCAGCCCAGCUGCUGUCGCCCAGCCUCCUGUGUGUCCCUGCUGUGCCGCCCUGCCUGCUCCAGACAGGCCUGCUCUGGACAGAAGUCCACCUGCUGA